CUGCGCUUCUGAUUCUAUCAACGCCGAAGGUGCAGUGACGAAUGUGAUGGAAUUUUGUUCACCUUUGAGUGAACUGAGUUCUGCGAAGAUUGGACUGGAACUAAGCUGAAUUCGCUCGGUCGUCCACGCAGAGCAGUUUGCAUCGUGGUGACCGAAUUCAUGAGCUGAGGCAGAAUGGAAUUGCUUGCUGACAGGCGUAUCUUCGGCACUCCUUGGCCUGAAGUGAACAAAGGCGUAAGCUACGUCGAUCUCGUAACGGCCAGAGAUGAGUCCAAAACUGUUCUUGAAUACUACUGCUCAAGAUAUAAAAAGUCUGCAUCUCGUGAAGGAUGGAUACAGAGAAUCUCCAAUGACCAGGUUCGAGUUGAUGGAUUGGUGAUCAGUUCAGCUGAGCUCAUUCUGAGAAUGGGAUCCCGUCUUGAGUACCAGCGAGUUCCGUGGAAGGAGCCUGCUGCACCUUAUCUUCUUCAGAUCCUUUAUGAAGACCAACACGUGCUUGCUCUCAAUAAACCAUCAGGGCUUCAAGUGUUGGCGGGUGGUCUUUUCCAGCAAAGAACCGUAUUGCAGCAAUUGCAGUGGCGCGAUGAGUAUAAUACCAGUUAUGGGCGUUCAGACAGCAGUAACUUUCAAGCACAUACGUGGCCGACGUCUCCUGUUCAUCGUCUCGGAAGAGGCACUUCAGGUGUCUUGCUUUGUGCCAAAUCUCCACGAGCAAAAUCUUUACUUGCUGCAGACUUAGCAGCGUCUACAGAAAGCACCACCGGCAGGAGCGUUGGUGGUGCAUCACCAAAAUCUGACGAUAAGCAAAGACGAUUUUCAAAGACUUACCGGGCCCUGGCAAAGGGUGUCAUAGCUGCAGAUGAGAUCACCGUCGAUCAUGCGAUAGGAAAAGUCCCGUAUCCCGGAGUUGCUGGAGGACUAUACAUGGCUUCCCCGACGGGAAAGCCAUCACUAUCCAAGGUAGUUGUACUCUGGCGAGAUGAAGUGAACAAUUGUACUCUAGUUCAGGUGAACAUUUUGACUGGGAGGCCCCAUCAAAUCCGAAUCCAUCUCGCAGCUGCCGGCCAUCCCUUGAUAGGAGAUCCGCUGUAUGUUGAGGGUGGAAUCGUGCAAGAAACUGAUCAUUCUGAUCGUCUGCAACAUGAGGGCUCUCCCGAAGAAGAUGGGGGCUAUCAAAGAAUAGAAGGAGCACUACCUGGUGAUUGUGGUUAUUUGCUGCAUGCCUGGCGAUUGGAGUUUUAUCAUCCCAUUUCCCAUGAGAUGGUUGUUGUUGUUGCACCUCCUCCUCCCGCUUUGCGAAUGCCAGGAGAAGAAGGAGAUGGUAAUUUUUUAUGCUAACGAGGACAUUGUUACCUACAGGAUCCUAUUUGUCUACAGCUUUACUUUUCUCGCACUGUGCACAAGUAUCAGUUUUAGGUCUUUGGAUAGAUAAAUUUUCUGUCCCUUCAAACGCAUUCUGAGCCUUUUCACUGUCUAGCUAGUAAUUUAAAGUAGCCACGUGCACCAGGGUACAACGUGAUACUGUAGUUUUGAUCGACAACACCCACUGCCAUUGAUGUCUAGUACAGAGGACUGGUUUUGUUGCAAAGUCUGUCAGCAACAAUUACUGGCGUCACAAGUCAGUGAAAGAUUUGAAAUCAAUCAUUUAUUUUUAAAUAUUAUUAUCAAAAUUGAAUUAAAACGCUC